AUGUCGCUAGCUAUCUGUAUCGAUUGUCUGUCGCGAUUCCGCAUCUCGACGAACACCCUCACCCGAUCAGUCAAGACGGCAAGCUUGCUCCCUCAAGCAGCGUCCUUCCACACAUCCCUAAUUCAAAAUGCCAACGUCGUCAAAGCCAAGUCAUCGGCCUCGAAGCAGCACACCCUUAAAUUUCGAGGAUCUCAAUCUGCAAGAUUGAAAAAGAAAGUCAGGGAACGGCCGAAGGUACCUCCUGUUGGCGAACGCAAAGCCCAACGUCGGCGAAUCGUCUUGAGUAACACCAAUGCUCUGGAGGUCGCGGACCUGGAAACGUGGAGCAAGGAGAAGAUGACAGACUCUCAACUAGUAGGGCAGGUGGUGGCUUUGGACGGAGAGCUGCUCGAUCAACUCAGAGACGCCAAAGCCUUCAAGCGGACACAGAACUGGAGCUUGUUUCGAAAGCCUGCGACUUUGAUCCGAAAUGAAACAAUCGCUAUUGGCAAAGAGAUCGAGGCCUUGACCAGUAGUCAAGACAACAAAAUGGUCAAACAUCUCGUGGCUGGAGAGACACAUUCUGGAAAGAGCAUUCUCAUGCUUCAAACGAUGUGCAUGGCCUACAUGAAUGACUGGCUUGUUCUGAGUGUUCCUGAGGCUCAGGAUCUUAUGAACAAUACAUCCUCUUAUGGCCCUCUACGCCAAAAGGAAGGUGCUCCCACCCCAGAAGAGCAAUUAUUCAUUCAACCACAUCUAGCUCAAGCGUUCCUCGAACGAGCUUUAUACUCAAACGAAGCCGUCCUGAGUGGUUUGAAGAUCAACCACGAGCUACCCAAAAACAUCCAGCUGAAACAGGGAUCAACACUGAGAGAUCUACUCAAGGUCGGUGUGGAUGAUCACAUACAAGCAUGGCGAGUGUGGCAGGCUUUCUGGCGCGAAAUAACUGAGCCUGGUUCAAAUCCCAGACCACGGGUCCUCCUUGCGGCAGACAGCGUCGAUCACUGGAUGGGCCCCUCCAAGUAUUUCGACGCUGACCACAAAGUCAUCCAUUCACAGCAGUUUGUGCUUAUCCGGAAUUUUACCAAUCUCAUAUUCGGCAAGCAAAACGCGUCUUUUGCCAACGGUGGCAUGGUCAUCUUCUGCAGCACUGGGUCCAAUUCGCCCGCAUGCCCAACCUUCAAGCUGUUGAUCAACCAGAUGCGUGCCAAGGCCCGAGGUGUUUCGGCGACAUCGCCCAAGUUUCCACUUCCCGUGCCUUUCAGCAAACCUGACCAGCGUGUCCUUGAUCUCAUCCCAGGAUCUGACAAUGUUGGCUUGGUUGAUCUGAAUGGGUUGAGUGUACCCGAGUCCAAGGGCUAUCUGGAAUACUUUGCGAAGAGUGGGUUGCUGCAAGCCAGACUUGACGAUGCAAAGAUUGCAGAGCUCAGAAGUUUCAGCGCUGGAGGUAUUGUGGGAGAAUUGGCCAAGUUUGGAAGCCGCAUCAGGGCUUGA